GAUUCUGGUGAGAGAGAGCAAACAUGAGUGCUAGUGAGGGAGAGAAGUUGUGUAAACAAAAAACACAGCCAUGUCUUCAAACAAUUCUUCAACACUUUCUAAUCCUCCUAUGUUCACAGGAGAAAAUUACAGUGUUUGGGCUAUCAAAAUGAAGGCCUUUCUAAAAGGUAAUGGUGUGUGGGAAUCUGUAGAAGAUGGGUUUCAUCCUCCUAUGCUGCCAAACAAUCCAACUGUAGACCAAAUGAAGCAACAUGUUGACUAUGUUCAAGCCUCAUACAAAGCCCUCUCAUAUAUUCACAGUGUUGUAAUAGAUGAUAUUUUCUCAAGGAUCAUGGGAGCAGAAACAGCACAAGAAGCAUGGGAUACUCUUAAGAAAGAGUUUGAUGGCAGUUCUCGGGUUAAAGGUAACAAGAUUGUAACCCUCAAAAGACAAUUUGAAAUGCUGAAAAUGCAGGAGACAGAGACAGUCCAUCAAUAUACAAAUAAAUUGAUGGAUGUUGUCAACCGAAUAAGACUUCAUGGUAAGGAAUUUCCAAAUCGAAGGGUGGUGGAAAAGAUUAUUGUUAGUGUACCAGAUAAAUUUGAGUCCAAGAUUUCUGCCAUAGAGGAAUCUUGUGACCUCAAAGAGCUAACCAUCAUUGAGCUUAUAAGCAAGCUUCAAGCUCAUGAGCCAAGGCUGGUUAUGAAAACUGAUGAAACUACAGAAAGAGCCUUCCUUGUAAGGCAAAAAGGAAAACAACCAGCCACUAGUUCUGAAAGCAAUAAGACCAAUGGUUCUAACCAAGCAUAUCAGCAACAUCAACAAAGCAGAAAAGGGAGUGGAUGCACUAAUCAUAUGGCUCGAGAUGAAAGUCUCUUCAUUGAAAUGGACAAAUCAGUUAUUACAAAUGUCAAGUUAGGAAAUGGUACUGUGGUGAGAUCACAAGGGAAAGGUACUGUUGUUAUUCAAACUAAAACAGAAGUUGAUGAUGAUUCAUCGGUUUUGAAAACCAAGUCACUAGCUGAGAUUUAUGCAAGAUGUAAUUUAGCUUCUGCAGAACCUAAUUGUUUUGAAGAAGCAACUAUGCAACAGUUGUUUCAUAUGGAUGUAAAAUCAACUUUCUUUAAUGGUGUUUUGCAAGAGGAAAUUUAUGUUGAACAACCACCUGGGUUUGAGAUUACAGGGAAGGAAGAUUGUGUUUAUAAGCUUAACAAGGCUUUGUAUGGUCUAAAACAGGCACCAAGGGGGUGGUAUUGUAGAAUUGAUCACUACUUGAUGAGUCAAGGCUUCAGGAGGAGCACAGAAGAAGCAACUUUAUAUGUGAAAGGUAGCAGCAGUGAAUCGCAACUUAUUUUGUCACUUUAUGUGGAUGACUUAUUGUUAACCGAAAAUGAUUUGAAGUUGUUGGAACAAUUCAAGAAGAGAAAGUAUGCACUGGAUAUCUUGAAAAAGUUUGAAAUGGAGAACUACAAACCAUUUGCCACUCCACUAGUUCAAAAUGAAAAGCUUUCCAAGGAUGAUCAAGAAACCAAGGUUGAUUCCUCAUACUAUCGAAGUUUAAUUGCCAAGAGAGUUCUUAGGUACAUCCAAGGAACCUAUGAACUUGGCUUGUGGUUUGACAGUAAUCAACAAGGAAGGUUACAGGGGUAUGCUGAUAGUGAUUGGGCAGGUUCUAUAGAGGAUAUGAUAAGCAUAACAGGUUAUGUGUUCUCCUUUGGUUUAGGGAGUUUCUCUUGGAAUUCAAAGAAGCAAGAUGCUGUAGCUCAGUCCACAGCUGAGGCCGAGUAUUUAGCAGCUGGGGUAGCAGCGAAUCAUGCUAUUUGGCUCAGAAUGGUGCUUGAAGAACUUGGUUUUGAUCUAAUUGAGCCUUGUGUACUCAAGGUAGAUAACAUGUCAACAAUUGCUAUUGCUCAAAAUCCAGUGCAGCAUGGUAGGACCAAACACAUCAAGAUUAAAUAUCAUGUUAUCAAAAAUUAUGUUCAGGACAAAGAGAUUGUUUUGCAACAUUGUGAUUCCGAAAUUCAAGUUGCAGAUAUUCUGACUAAAGCUCUUCCAAGGCAAAAAUUUGAAGAAUUCAGAGAUAUGCUUGGAGUUACAAAUAUAAAAAGCAAGGAGGAGUGUUGAAGAUAUCAAUUAACAGCAAUUAUGCUUUUUUAAUUUGUAACUGAUUUUUUGUUUUCUACAGUUAGUUCUACAAGUUAGCUGCAUUAGGAGUAGUUAUUUUUAUCCUUUAUGUAAAAACUAUAAUGUAUAAGUUACAGAUAUUCAGCAACUCUUUUUGUAUGUCAGCUAUCAAUCUGAAAUGAAAUAGAGCUCCACAU